AAUGAAAGUACAAGAAAAAUUAUUUAAAUAAAAAAGUUUCAAGGACUUUACACUUCCAACAAUAUUGGAAAAAUCAGAUAUUUUUGCUUAAUCUCCUGGGAUAUAACCUAAACGUGAAAGUAUUGGAGUUUUUGAAGAUGAAUUCUUAUUAGAUAGUCUCUCUGAUAGAAUGGGAUUAUUAAAAAAUGCAUUUAAUCCAUCUAAGUUCAAUCAUGACAUUUUUUAGAAGAAAUAAAAAUGA